CAUAUAUAUUCAACUUUACAUAUAUAUAUAUAUAUAUAUAUGUAUGUCUGGUACGUUAAACCACCAUUAAUCCACCAAACCAGAACUACAAGCACCGACAGAAUUCACUAACAAUGGUAGCCGAAGCCUCCACCAGUACUGCGACUCCUAGUCCCUAUCCUAUCAAAACUGUCGUGGUUUUAGUCCAAGAAAACCGUUCCUUCGAUCACAUGCUAGGAUGGUUCAAAUCAAUGAACCCGGAAAUCAACGGAGUCACGGGAUCCGAAUCCAAUCCGGUCUCCACAUCCGACGCGAACUCCUCCCGGAUCGUUUUCUCCGAAGGCUCUGAAUAUGUUGACCCGGACCCGGGACACUCGAUUCAAGACAUAUUCGAACAGGUUUUCGGGCAACCAUGGUCCGCCGAUGCUGCGACUGCCAAUCUGACUCCGACAAUGCAAGGAUUCGCGCAAAACGCGGAGAAAGUGGAGAAGGGACUUGCAGAGAGGGUGAUGAAGGGGUUUAGACCCGAAUCCGUGCCGGUUUAUAAGGAAUUGGUGAGGAAUUUUGCGGUUUGUGACCGGUGGUUCGCGUCGGUGCCGGCUUCGACGCAGCCGAAUAGGUUGUUUGUGCACUCUGCGACGUCGCAUGGGUUGACGAGUAAUGAUACGAAGUUGCUUGUUCAAGGGUUGCCGCAGAAGACCAUAUUUGAUUCGCUUCAUGAGGCCGGGUGUAGCUUUGGGAUUUACUACCAGGAGCCUCCAUCCACUCUUUUGUACAGGAACCUUAGAGAGUUGAAAUACUCAACAAAGUUCCAUCCAUUUGAUUUGGACUUCAAAAAUCACUGCAAGAAGGGAAAGCUCCCAAACUAUGUGGUUGUGGAGCAAAGAUUUUUCGACAUACUAUCAUUGCCUGCUAAUGACGACCAUCCAUCCCAUGAUGUCUCUGAAGGCCAAAAGUUCAUCAAGGAAGUCUACGAGGCCCUACGAUCCAGUCCUCAAUGGAACGAAAUGUUGUUCGUAAUCAUAUACGAUGAACAUGGCGGAUUCUAUGAUCAUGUUCCAACUCCUGCAUCAUCUGGUGUUCCUAGUCCUGAUGGUAUUGUUGGUUCUGAGCCAUAUAAGUUCAAGUUUGAUCGUCUCGGUGUUAGGGUUCCAGCCAUUUUGAUUUCUCCGUGGAUUGAACCCGGAACAGUGUUACAUGGACCUUCAGGACCAGAACCUACAUCAGAAUUCGAGCAUUCUUCGAUCCCAGCAACUGUCAAAAAGAUCUUCAAUUUGAAGGAGUUCUUAACGAAACGUGACGCGUGGGCGGGUACUUUCGAGGGUGUUUUGAAUAGAAAGACUCCAAGAACAGAUUGUCCAGUUACUUUGCCUGAACCUGUGAAACUGCGCGCUGCGCAAGCAAAAGAGGAUGCAAAACUGAGUGAAUUCCAGCAAGAACUAGUACAAUUGGCCGCGGUGUUGAAAGGUGAUCAUAAACUGGACAUCUAUCCGGACAAGCUAGUUGAGAACAUGACAGUAGCCGAUGCAGCUACAUAUGUUGAGAAUGCGUUCAAGGAGUUCUGUGAGAAAUGCGAGAGAUCUAGAGAAAGCGGAGUAGAUGAAGCUGAGAUUGUUGAUUUGGAGCCGAAUCCACCAACCCCGCGGAAAACCUCCAAAACUUUUGUGCAGAAGUUUUUCUCUUGUAUAGUUUGUGGUAAUUGACUGAUGAUCAUUUUCUCAUUUUCAUUUCUUGGUCUCUGUACAUUGUGUAUGUAUUGCCUCUCUAGGAUUUGAUGGAACUUUAGGGUUUGCGUUCUUUGGUGGAUGUUCUUGUUUGUUAUGAUUCCUAAGAUGGUUUUUGUGCUUUUAA